CAACCAAUAGGAAACGGCGCGACCAUCCUGUGGUUAAAUUUUGAUAUCAAGUUGGGAUUCCGGGGUUUGGUUUUUAGUUUCUUAAAUGUUUUCAAACUAAAACAAUUUAAAUGGACACCAAUUCUGAGCCGAGUAAUAGAUUUAGAAAAUCCAACAGAAGCAAUAUACAGAGCUAUAAUAAUUACUCAACAAAUAAUCUACUCAAUGUAGAAAAUACUGCAAAUACUGAGCAAAAUGUGGGUGAAUUGAGACGUGAAAACUUUAGGCUUAGACUUAUGUUGUACAACUAUGAAAAGAUGUAUCGUCGGUCAAAUGAUCCUCAGGAUUUGGAGUCAACACGAGUAUAUAAUGAUGAGUCGGAAAAAAUUGUUUUGAGGGAAGCACUUAAACGGAAAAGUCAGGAGCUAAAUUCUACUUCAAAAGUGAUUGAUGGUUUGAAAGAAGAAAACAGUCAACUUCAUCAGCAUAUUGAUGAUUUGAAGGGAAAAUAUGAUAAAAGUGAAAAUGAUUGGCGAGAUAAGUAUGAUACCUUACAAUCUGAACUGAAAAGUGCACAAGAAAAAGUCCGUACAUUGGAAAUGUCACUACUAGCUAAGGAGACAGAAUUCGCCAAGUGUAAAAAUGAACUUCAAAGUUCCAUAGCUCGGCUUCAAGCAGAACUUGCCUCCAGUCAGCAUAACAAUAGAUGUUACAGACGCGAAAUUCAAAUGUUUCAAACAGAAGCUAAUGAUUUACGUGCAACAUUGGAAUCUCUUAAUAAAUCUCAUUUUGAUGUUAAAGAUUUUGAUUCCGGUGAUCUUCACAAAUCUAUUCAAAGCUUAUGUAUUCAAUCUCCCCAAAGUAAUGUGAAGAGUCCGACAGCUGUUACUAACUUAUCUCCAUCUUUAAGUCCUUCUAGUCACGGAAAUGCAGUUGUUAGAACACCUUUGAGAGAUUUUAACAAUCUACGUAGUCAGCAACCAACUGAAGAUUCUUAUGCCAGGUUAACAGAUCGCUUAAAUUCAGCACGGCAUUUGAUCCUCGAACUUGGAAAUGAAAAAAUUCGAACCGACAAAGUAAUUGCUUCAAUGAAAUCGUCUCAUGAAAAAGAAUUAUCAGCACUUAAAGAUAAAUAUGAAAUGGCUGAAAACCAACUAAUGAAAGAAAAGCAGUUAAAUCAUGAAGAACUUUGCCGGAAAGAUGCAGAGAUUGAGCGUUUAAACAGUCACAUCAGUGAAUUAAUUGAAAAGUUGGAUACAUCUCUGUCUGUUCGUGAAAAAUUACAGUUUGAUUUGAAUAACUUAAGUGAGCAAUUGGUAAGAAGACAACGUGAAGUUGAAGAUCUUCAUGAACAAUUGAAUUUAGUGAAAAGCCACGAUUCACAAAAAUCUGUAGACUUGGAUGAAAGCAAACAUGAUGAAUGUAGUCAUGCUUGUACUACACCUUGUAUCAAUUCUACAAUGAAUAAUCAAAAAGAAACGCAUUCUCUUCGUCGUUUGCGUAACCUAUAUGAUUUAAUUCAUAAUUUAAUGCUUAGGUUGAAUGAUGUUCGGUUUACGCAAAAUUCGGUAGUGGAAAUGAUCAAUCGUAGCUUAGCUACCGUGGAAGUCGAAUCCUCAUUCCAAGCUCCUCCAUUACGCAAGGCACUUUCAUUUUCUGGUGAAAUAGAUCGUCAUUCUUCAGAUCCCAUCCGAUUAACUCUGUCUCGAGCGGAAGCAACAUACGGUGGCUGUAAUACAUUAAUUGAGAAUAUGGAUGACGGAAAUGCUGAUCAUGUUAUAGCUUCUAGUCGUUGUGAUCAUCAGCUCGCCGAAUCUGUCGUUUUGUCUGAUUUCAAUGAAACUGUUGCUGAAUUACGCUUUGGUUGCCCAAAAUCUCCCGUUGCUGCUAAACUGAAAUAUACUGCUGAAGAAUAUGAAAAUUCUGGUACCUCUAAACCGUCACUUAAAUAUUCAAGAGUUCAGAGACCUACGAUGAAGAGUAUAAGUUUGCACAGGAAAUUGUUUAGUGCACCGAAAUUCAAAGAUCAAAUGAAAAAUCCUGCCGGUUCAGUAUCAAUGUGCGAAGAUCUUCGAAGUUCCACGCAAAACUUGAAGAAAGCAGAUUUAUUGUAUCACAGUUUCACCGAGGAUAUUCAUGACAUCACUUUUGACAAAUCAAUCAGGAAACCAACAAAUGUUGGAGACUUAACUAUGGUCGAAUGGGAACAUAAGGAUAUAUUCGAGCGCCUAUCACAAGCAAUGUCAAAACUGCGAGACGCUAUUGAAGAAUGUUCUGACAUAGGUUCUGAAUUUUGGGAUUUAGACGUGAAAAAGCACAUAUCCAUCUUACUGACUAGUCAAGCGGAUUCAUUCCAUUCCCAUAUGAACCAACUGAAUGAUUCGGUAGAUGCUGACUCGGUAACCUUUGAUGUUAAGGAAGCUGUAAAAAUGGAUUCAAAGUUAGCCAACCGUAGUGCACGAUUUGAUGGUGGCGUCUUACCGCCUUUUGAUCCCAUUGGUUUUGUCAGCCAUAAUGACGAGGCCAGUUUAAGCCAGCUUUAUGGAUCAGCCUGGCGUCAACCAAUGGAUAUAUCCAGAAAAUCUCAGGAUAAAAAUUUUAUAUUGUCUGACAUACAAAGUGAUAUAUCUUUCACCGAAUCUAACCAAGUUUCCAAGGGAUCUACUGCUAUGACGCAUGAUGAUUACGAAAAGUUAGCACACGAGCUAAGAAAUUUGAAUGAUAAAGUGAUCAGCCUAGAAGCGGAGAAUUCGUCACUUCGGAAGGCUAAUUCAGAUUUACAAGAGAAAAUGAACGUCUCAAUCAUAACAACAAAUCGGAGUCAACAUAUUUCUCAUGAAAUUGUUGCUUCCAAACAUGACAAUUCUUCCAUUAUUUCUCGGCAUGAUAUGUCUAUCAAUCAAAAUGUGAAAGAAAUAGCAGAUGCGUUAGCACAAUAUGAAGAAGAGAACUUACAACUAAGAAAUGAAUGUGAUCGUUUGCGUAAUCUACUUUCAUCAGCUGCAUCUAAAGAUAAUAUUGACGUCUUGAAUACUGAAUUAUCAAAUCGUGUUACAAUCAUUAAUACUGUUAUAGAACGUCUUCAGUCUAUAUCUACUUUUGGUAGUGAAUGCUCAGAUGUAAUUCAGUUGGUUAAUAUUGUUGCAUCAGAGCUUAAUGAAUCGCGAACAUCAAUUAUGAAUUUGGAAGGUCAAAUAUGUAAACUUCAGAAAUGUUUGAAUGAAUCUGUAUCUUUAUAUGAUUAUCAAUCAUUAGAAAAUGAAGCUAUUUCACUGAAAGAAGAACUUCAACAUGCACUUAAUCGAACUGAUCAAUAUAAACAGGAUGUUCAAUAUGUUUGUGAUACUUUACUACCCUUAUUAUCAAUCAAUGACUCUGUAUCCUUAAAAGCGCUAGUUAAUGUUGUUGUACAAAAAUUCAAUGACCAAGAAAUUCAUUUAAAUUGUCUGACUACAGAAUUGCAGUCGACACUUAAAUUGUUCAACACUGAUGAUUCAUUUUCAAUUCCACAAACAUUAGACGAAUGCAUUGUAGUGUACAAAAAUAGUCUAGCCAACUGUAAAACAACUAUUGAUCAAUUGCAGUCUGAUAAGAUUCAUGCACUAAAUAUGAUCAAAGAAUUAGCUCCCAAAAAUGAAGGCUUAUGCACAUUGUCUGACUAUGUAAAUUGGUUCAUCAAUGUUUUUAACGACAAAAAGUGUAGUUUCGAAACUUUAGAGCAAAAUUAUGCACAGGUUCAAGAAUCAUUAUGUCAAUCAAUUCAAAAGUAUGAAAAUCUUAAAACCACUGUGGAUAAACUGAACAUAGAAUUACAAUUGUCACAAAAUCAUGUUAACAAUUUACAAAAUGAGUUAACCAGUGUAAUUAAUUCACAUGUACCAAUAGAAAACUAUGAAUUGAUCAAUUCACAAAUGAAUGCACUUAAGGAGGAAUUAAGCAUAACCCGUUCAAAAACUGUGGAGUAUGAAAAAGAACAUGAAUUUAUCAAACAAUUGAUUGAAGGUGUAUUAGAAAGGCAACCUACUAACUUAAAGGAUGAUAUACAAGAGUUAUGUACACGUCUGAACACUAUCCUCAAUGAUAAAUGUAAGACUAAAGUAAAAGAAGAGUGUGAAGAAGGUGGUGUAAAACAACUGGCAAUUAAUAAAUCUCAUUCUGUUAAAAUGUCUGAUAAUCUAUCGUCGGUUAGCGAGGAAAUUGUCAACAAGGAGUACGAUGAACAUCAUAUCAAAGUAACUGGAUUAGAUAAACUAGAAACAUUUCCCCAAGACAUCUGCUUGAAUGAUAAUCUUCAGCCUAUGACAAGCGUCCGAAAGUACACUGAGUUAAAAACAGCAGCGUUUGAAGUUAGGAAUAAGCUGAUUAGUCGUACUCAAAAGCUGGAAGUUGCUUUGAAAGAAAUCGAUAGACUUCGAAGUGUGAUAGAACAAGACAAGGAAAGAGCUAGUAAAACCCUCGAAGAAGUUAAGGAGUUACGUCAGAAGGUGUUGCGGAAAAAUCAAAGAAUUCGAGAUUUGGAAGCUGAUGUUGCUCGUUUGAAGUCUUGUUCAUCCAAGGCGAUGGUUGGAAAUGCUCGUGUUACUGACUCAUCAGUUCGCUUAACAUCAGAAACUGAACAACAUCGAGGUUGUGCUGCUCAACAGAAUUCUCUCACUGAAGAAAAUGUGAAUCAUACAAAUAGGAUAUUUGGUUCUACAGCAGCUUCUUUAUUACGUUGCCCACCUACACCAGGUGUUUCUACAGAAAACUUGUUAGAGCAGUUGACAGACUGUACGGUAUCCUGUGAUUCGACUCCAUUGGAUAAUACUGAUGAUCCUGUGUCUUUGAUACACAAUGACGAGUUAACUCCUCUUCCUCAUCAGAAUGAUGUGUGCAUUCGUUGUCGUCAACUGAACAAGUUGUUGCCUGAGCUACAUAAUACAACACUUCAAUUGAAGAAACUAAUCACUUUGAAUUCAUCAAAUGAAGACUCAUUACUGGGUGUUUUAAACAAUAUUGAACAACAAACAACUUCGUAUUCACUAUCACAUUCUCAGUCAAUGGUUGACAGUACUGUCAAGUUUUCGCAUUUUAACAAUGGAUUAGUUGAUCAAUCACUUUCUGGUCUUCUAAUAAAUCCAAACAUAACAGAUAAUAUGAAAACCUGCGUUGAGUCGCUUCAUCAUGUUCGAUUGAAACUGAAUCAUUAUGCGAAGAAAAUGGAUCAAUUGUGCACUACACUUGUUCAUCACUAUGAUAAGUCUUCAUCUCAGACUAAUCAAGCAUCUUCAGAUGGUGAUGAAAAGCCACUUGAUUUACUCUGUAUAAUCAUAAAAAAUUUGGAAAAUCUAUUCCACCAAGAAAAUUUGUCUGAUAAUGAAACAGCUAAAGGCAUUUUAAUAAAUUUGCAUCAAUUACUUGGUUGGAUUCAAAAUCAAACUGUGCACAAAAUGCAUCAUACACUGAAUAAUAAUAAUAAUAAUGAUAAUAAUGAUACUUCUACUACUAAUAAUAAGGAGGUUAGCGAAAACAGUAAUCAACACUUGCAAACAAUUAAGUCAUCAUCUUGUUCAGAUCAUCACUGUGAAACUCAUAAAAAACAAGCAAAACAUUAUCGUCGAAAAUAUCAUCAAUUGUUACAGAGUGUGGAUAAUGUAGCGAAAAAUUUGGCAGAUACUACUAACGUUAUAUCUUGUACGCGCAGUCAUCUUGAAAAUAUUGCAGGACUUGGUCCGAUAAGUGAUCGUGGUGAUGAGUCAAAAAAGUAGUCUACUUCCAAGAGUCAAGUGGCGUUUCAUUCUUUUUUAACAUUCUAAGUGUCACAUUUGUCUUAUUUGUAUUUUCUGCUUCGUUUCUAUACUUCAUAAAGUCAUUGUAUUAUUCGCAUACUUCUGACUAGUAUUAUUGAGAAUUUUGACGAGAAGCAUUUAUCAAGAUGUUCGGCAUUGUGUACUGCAUUUUUGUGGUUAUAAUGUUGUUUGCAUUCAUGUCAAAGCUAUUUUGCAUAUAUAAACUGGUGUUUCUUAUUAAAAUAGAUAUUUUUUCAAAAAGGUAA